UUUCAGCAUUUUAUACUGUAAAGGAUAAAAAAAAAAAAAGAAAAACAGGAAAAAGAGAAAGCAAACUUUGAUAAUUAUUGACCACACCCUGUCCGUUUCUGUUCUUCUUUGUUUAUUUCUUGACAACUGAUUGGCUAGCUAUGAACCAAUGAGUAGUCUAGUUCAAUUAAAACCCACAAAAACUAUUCACUGUCUUUCUCAGAAAAAAUUUUCCACUUAGUUUCACAUACUUGGUGCUGAAAUAUCAAUAGGGUCAUUACCAAUUUCACCCAAAAAAAAAUGGCAUUUGAAUUGCUUUGGGUUGUAGCCUUUACCAUGUUAACAUUUGGUGAGGGAAUGAGAAAUGGUAGUGAAGUAUGCAAUUCCAGUGACCUGAAAGGUCUAACCAGUUUCAAGUCUGGCAUCUUUGUUGAUUCCUCUGGUCGGUUAGCAAAGUGGGUUGGUCUCAAUUGUUGCAGCUGGGAAGGAAUUUCCUGUGAUAACACAACUGGAAGAGUGACAGAAAUUCAUCUACCCGGAUUCAUUUCGACAGAUGAUUUCUUCUACCAGUCCCAGAUGAAUGGCUUGUUGUCUCCUUCAAUAACACUUCUAGCUUCCCUUGAAGUCAUUGAUCUUGGUGGUCUGAUUGGUCUUGCUGGAACAAUCCCAACAUCCAUCGGUUUUCGUCUUCCAAAACUCCGAAAGCUCAUACUCUACACCAACAAUUUCACUGGUCCUGUACCUGAAAGCAUUGGUAAGUUGUCUAAUCUUGAAGAACUUGUUUUGUAUGAGAAUCAAUUAUCCGGGUCAUUUCCUUCAAGCCUUGGAAGCCUCAAAAAUCUUAACAAGGUACUUCUUUAUUCAAAUAGAUUUUCCGGUAUGAUACCUGAUUCGAUUACGAAUUUGACGAAUUUGGUACAGUUGGAUCUUCAUAGCAAUUCUCUGUCUGGUCAUAUACCACAGAGAAUAGGAGAGUUGCAAGUUUUGGAAGAGCUUGAUCUUUCAAACAAUCUGUUAGUUGGUAGUAUUCCAACCUCAUUGUCCAACCUGAAAGCCAUUUCUGUUUUGUACUUGGACACCAAUUCUCUUGAGGGACCAAUUCCAUUUCCAUCAAGUUCUGAUCAAAUGCCAUCCCUUAGCUUUCUAAGACUGCAUGGUAAUCUUCUUACUGGGAAAAUACCAUUCAUGUUUGGAAAUCUGGUCUCACUCAAGAGAGUUUCCUUAGCAAACAACAAACUUGAGGGACCAAUUCCUUCAAGCUUUGGUAACUUAUCAGCUUUAUCAGAACUAUAUCUUCAUGGAAACAGAUUAUCAGGCCGGAUACCAAAAUCAGUUGGUCUACUCUGUCAGCUAAUUCUCUUGAAUGUUUCGAACAAUUUGAUUCGAGGACCGUUGCCUCGUGAGAUGUCAUCCCUUCGAAAUAUUCAAACGCUUGAUCUAUCAUUCAAUCGUUUCAACCUCUCUUCCAUCCCCAAAUGGAUAGCAGAAUUGCCAUCGCUUACCCGGAUAUACUUAGCUGGAUGCAGAAUCCAAGGAAGAAUUCCACAGUUCUUGAAGAUAACUCCAAGUCCUAUACAGGAACUGGAUUUAUCAGACAACUAUCUCACUGGAAGUAUUCCAACAUGGCUUGGAAGUCUCACUCAGCUCUACUUUUUGAACCUGUCAAGGAAUUCACUUGCUUCAAGCAUUCCUGAUUCAAUUACAAACUUGCACGAGUUGGGUGUCCUUGAUCUCCAUACGAAUAAGCUAACUGGUUCUAUAAGCCGGGUUUUCAAAAUAGGACACAGGUUUCCUGAUGGAUCUUUAACAUAUAUCGACCUUUCUGAUAACAGCUUCUCAACUGGAAUUGAGCAAAUAGGUGCAGAUGCACAGACUGGGAUUCGGUUUCUCAACUUGUCCAACAACAUUCUUCAAGGUAGAAUACCAACAUCCAUUGGGAGAUUGAAAUCAUUGCAGAGUUUAGAUAUGAACUCCAACAAGUUGGGUUUUGAUUUGCCAGACAAUCUAGCAAAUCUAAGCUCCUUACAGAUACUGAAGCUGCAGAAAAACCAGUUUACAGGGAAAAUUCCAAGUGGGUUUUUGAAGUUGACAAAACUGAAGGAAAUGGAUCUGUCAGAUAAUCUUCUGGUUGGGGAAAUUCCUGUGGGUAAACCUCUGAGUGACUUUCCUGUCAGAUGUUAUUCAGGUAACAAAGGAUUAUGUGGGAAGCCUCUCACACCUUGUAAGCUUUGAGAUUUUUGGUUGAUGUUUUUCAAUUUUAAACAAGAAAAAACAUGUAGCUGCCUCUCAGAAAUGAAUCUGGUUUCCUCAAAGUCUGAAAAUUUUUAUAGGAAAUUAAUAGUACUUUCAUACAUGACCAACUCGAGCGUAGAUUAAAAAUAAUAAUUGAUCUCCACCUCCAUUUUCAGUGUGUGAAGAAUACUUCCUACUCAACACACUGCUAUCAUUGAAUCAAAAAAUGACAAUAUAACAAAUCGAGGAUAUGAAUGAGUGUUUUCUUUGCCUUCAACGUUAAGCCC